AUGCCUCAUGAUCAAAGUUCCAAGAAAUCUGUAAAAUGUAAACAUUCAAAUAAUAAUAAUCAUAAUAAUAAUAAUUGUGAACAUUCUAAAUUAUGUCAUCAAUCAUGUGGAUAUUGUUCACCGAAAUUAGCAUUUGAUUUAUUCUGUAGUUGUACAAGUGUACGUGGUAUGGCAAAAAUACGUCAAGGCCCAAAAGUAUUACGUAUUAUAUUUUUAAAUUAUGAUGUCAGUGUACAUACUCAAUUGAUUAUGGAUAAUCCGUCACCAUUCCCAGCGUUGACUGUUUGUCAUCAACCACCAUUCUCCUAUGAAGCAUAUAAAUUAUGGAAUCAAUCGAAAAUUUUAUCACCCUCACAAUAUAAUUUAUACAUGAGAAAAUUGAUUCUUGACGCAUUACAUAAAAAUGAUGUGAAUUCAGCUAGUUCAAUUUGGAGUUAA